AUGGGUUGCUUCAGCAGCAAACACCGUGAAACUCAAAGAGACAUCGCCGGAAAAAGCUCAAUUCCGAUCAAUCCAGCACAAACCCAUGUCGUUCAUCAAGUCCCCGAGCAUCGAAAACCUCAAAUCCCACCGACACAACAACAACAACAACCAAUCCAUCAACAGGUUUCGACACCGUCGUCGAAUCCAAUCUCCGUCCGAGAUCCAGACACCAUAUUAGGCAAACCAUUCGAAGACAUCAGGAAAUUCUACAGCCUAGGGAAAGAAUUAGGUCGAGGACAGUUUGGGAUAACGUAUAGGUGCAGAGAGAUUUCCACGGGGAACACUUACGCUUGCAAAUCGAUCCUCAAGAGGAAGCUAAUCAGCAAGCAAGACAAAGAGGAUGUGAAGAGGGAGAUUCAGAUAAUGCAGUAUUUGUCUGGACAAGCGAACAUCGUUGAGAUCAAAGGUGCUUAUGAGGAUAGACAAUCUGUUCAUUUGGUGAUGGAACUGUGUGCUGGUGGUGAGUUGUUCGAUAGGAUCAUAGCUCAGGGACAUUACUCGGAGAGAGCUGCUGCUGGAAUCAUUAGGUCGAUUGUGAAUGUUGUUCAGAUUUGUCAUUUCAUGGGUGUGAUUCAUCGAGAUCUCAAGCCUGAGAAUUUCUUGCUCUCGAGUAAAGAGGAGAAUGCUAUGCUUAAAGCUACCGAUUUUGGGUUGUCUGUGUUCAUCGAAGAAGGAAAAAUUUACCGGGAUAUAGUAGGGAGUGCUUAUUACGUUGCUCCUGAAGUAUUAAGGCGAAGUUAUGGGAAGGAAAUUGACAUUUGGAGUGCUGGAGUAAUUUUGUACAUCCUACUCAGCGGUGUGCCUCCUUUUUGGGCUGAGAAUGAGAAAGGUAUAUUCGAUGAGGUUAUAAAAGGUGAAAUUGAUUUUGAAAGCCAACCAUGGCCUUCUAUAUCUGAGAGUGCGAAAGAUCUUGUGAGGAAGAUGCUAACCAAAGACCCGAAGAGACGAAUCACUGCUGCACAGGUUCUUGAUCAUCCUUGGAUCAAAGGCGGAGAAGCACCGGACAAGCCUAUUGAUAGUGCUGUAUUAUCCCGUAUGAAGCAGUUCCGAGCUAUGAACAAGCUUAAGAAGCUAGCUCUUAAGGUUAUCGCGGAGAGUCUAUCAGAAGAGGAAAUCAAAGGUCUAAAAACCAUGUUUGCGAAUAUGGAUACUGACAAAAGCGGUACAAUCACUUAUGAAGAACUGAAAACCGGGCUAACUAGACUUGGGUCUAAACUCUCUGAAACUGAAGUGAAGCAACUCAUGGAAGCUGCUGAUGUGGAUGGUAAUGGAACAAUUGACUACUUCGAAUUUAUCUCUGCGACAAUGCAUAGAUACAAACUGGAUCGAGAUGAGCAUGUUUACAAAGCAUUCCAACACUUUGAUAAAGACAAUAGCGGGCACAUAACUAGGGAUGAGUUGGAAAGUGCCAUGAAGGAAUAUGGAAUGGGAGAUGAAGCUAGCAUCAAAGAAGUUAUAUCCGAAGUUGAUACCGACAAUGAUGGAAGAAUAAACUUUGAAGAAUUCUGUGCGAUGAUGAGAAGCGGUACCACGCAGCCACAAGGGAAACUCCUUCCUUUUCAUUGAUAAAAAUUAAAAACAAAAGCCCCUUUCCUUGUUUCCCCCUUAAACAUAGAUCCAACCUGAAAACCAAUUCUUACACUCGGAGAAGAAGACUAAACCGGGGAAAACCGAUCACUUGAUACCGUCUUAAAAUGUUAUUUCUUCUCUAUGCGGUUUAGUUUAAAAGUCAUUCACAAGAACAGAGUUAGUUAUUCUUCUCUUUAAACUGAGUUUGAGAUACUGUCAUGUCUUAGCUAUUUGUAACAUAUGCACUUUUUUGGAAAGUUUUUGAGAAUCUCCUUAAUCCUAGUUUUUUAUUAUGUUUUUCUUCUAAUUUAUGUAAAUUAUCUUAAAAA